GUUUUACUGCUGUGAACAAGCAACUCAACGGACAAUAUGAAACUCUUCCUGGUCGCCUUCGCCGUGAUCGCAGCCGUGGCUGCCGAUGUCAGCCACCUGCCCUCCAACGAGUACCUGCCUCCCGUCCAGGAGCAGCAGAUCGUGGCCGCCCCCUCCAACGAGUACCUGCCCCCCGUGGCCGCCGAGCCCGAGCCCGCCCACGAGCUGGCCGAUGAUGGCUACCGCUACAAGACCCACCGUCGCGUGGUCCUGCGUCGCCACCGCCGCGACGUCAACGAGCUGCCCUCCAACGAGUACCUGCCCCCUGUGCCUGCUCCCUCCAACGAGUACCUCGCCCCCGUUGAGGCUGCUCCCGAGACCGUUCUCGCCGAUGAUGGCUACCGUUACAAGACCCACAAGCGCGUGGUCGUCCGCCGCCACCGUCGUGAUGUGAACGAGCUCUCCAACGAGUACCUGCCCCCCUUCCAGGCCGCCGCUCCCUCCAACGAGUACCUGCCCCCAGUUGAGGCUGAGGCUGAGCCCGCCCACGAGCUGGCUGAUGAUGGCUACCGUUACAAGACCCACCGCCGUGUGGUGCUCCGCCGCCACCGUCGUGACGUGAACGAACUGGCCAACGAGUACUUGCCCCCUGUCCAGGAGGCCGUUGCUCCUUCCAACGAGUACCUGGCCCCAGUUGAGGCUGCUUCCGAGACCGUCCUUGCCGAUGAUGGCUACCGUUACAAGACCCACAAACGCGUGGUUCUCCGUCGUCACCGUCGUGAUGUCAACGAGCUGCCCUCCAACGAGUACCUGCCCCCAGUUCCUGCCCCUUCCAACGAGUACCUCGCUCCCGUUGAGGCUGCUCCCGAGACCGUUCUUGCUGAUGAUGGUUACCGUUACAAGACCCACAAGCGCGUUGUGCUCCGCCGUCACCGUCGUGAUGUGAGCCACCUGCCCUCCAACGAGUACCUGCCCCCAGCACAGGCUGCUCCUUCCAACGAGUACCUGCCCCCAGUUGCCGCUCCCGUCCAGGUUGUUGCCCCAGCUCCCGCUCCCGUCCAGAUCGCCGCCCCCGUUCAGUUGGCUGCCCCCGCUCCCGUCGAGGUUGAGGCUGAGCCCGCCCACGAGUUGGCCGAUGAUGGUUACCGCUACAAGACCCACAAGCGCGUCGUCUACCGUCGCCACCGUCGUGACGUGAGCGAGCUGUCCAACGAGUACCUGCCCCCAAUUGCUCCCUCCAACGAGUACCUGGCCCCAGUUGAGGCCGAGCCAGAGACCAUCCUUGCCGAUGAUGGCUACCGUUACAAGACCCACAAGCGCGUGGUUGUCCGUCGUCACCGUCGUGAUGUCAACGAGCUGCCCUCCAACGAGUACCUGCCCCCAGUUGCUCCCUCCAACGAGUACCUCGCUCCCGUUGAGGCUGCUCCCGAGACCGUUCUCGCCGAUGAUGGUUACCGUUACAAGACCCACAAGCGCGUGGUUGUCCGCCGCCACCGUCGUGACGUGAACGAGCUGUCCAACGAGUACCUGCCCCCCGUGCAGGCCGCUCCCGCUGCCGAGUACCUGGCCCCCGUGGAGAACUCCGUGGAGGUGGCUCCCGCCCAUGUCCUCGCCGACGAUGGCUACCGCUACAAGACCCACAAGCGCGUUGUGAUCCGCCGCCACUAAAUGAUGCGAUAACGGCCUCACUAGGUGAUCGAAUUGUGCUCAUUUUGGAGUGCUGACCUUACUAUUAGAAUACCUCCUUUUCAUUCGAACAAAUACAA